AUGCCGGACCUCAACUCGGUCCCUCCGUCACCUCACGUUCUAGCUCUGUCUCGGCGGGCCUCAUCUCAGCAAAUGCCUCCACCACCAGUCCCCGGCCCCGGCCAUGCGCCCACGACCUCAGAUCCCGCCCUUAAUAUCCUGCCAUCAAAUCAGAAUGCUGUGAAUACUGGUGCUCCUGCGGCUGCAUCUCUCCCGUCGCCCCGCCUCGCAGCGACAGGCAGUGUGCCACACCCACCAGCAGAUGCAUCGUCUCUGCAGUCUGGCCCAGGCCCGACACGCCACCCUCAACCACUUACAGCUGCUGAGCUUCACCAGCAAAUCGAGAAGGAGCAGGAGGCCGUGGUCAACCGCCUUACGCGCGAACUCGAGAUCUUGAGACAGCAUAAUGAAGCCUCCUCGGCCUCCGCCAGUGAAUCUGGCGCCGAUUCCUCCACGUCUACGAUCCCCAUGAUUCCGGAUGGCAGACAACAUUUGCUCUCCGGGUCCGGGUUUAGUAUACCAUCUCAGACCAGCGGGCGAGAGCGACGACAUACCAGAAGCGGUUCAAGUGCGAGCGCACGAAGCAUCGCAGCAACAACAGGAAGCACAUCAGUGGUCAAUAUUACUUCACCAGCGCCCAUCAGGCCUGGUGCCACGGCUCUGAGUCGUCAGAACAGCACCCAAAGCCAUUCGCGGCAAAGCUUGAGCAGCUCUCCAGCACAUGCCAGCUCAUUUGCGAGCUCGCACAUGGCGGAUGCCGCACAUGCAGGCUACUUCCACCUACGCUCAGCGCCCGGCACAUCCUCGCAAGCCGUCUCACACGCACAGGUAACACCCGGCGCCGGCUCGACGGAGAUGAUAUCCCCCAGUAUGAUGUCUGUAACCUCGAGGUACGAAGAGACUGCAUUCCACCGCCAGGAGCUGGAAACAGUGAAGCGCGAGAACGACGCCCUGAAGAGACGGAUCAGGGAACUGGAACGCCUGGUCCGUGAACGCAGGGCGAGUGAUGCGAACACGAGACCACGCAGUGAGAGUGUUAGUACGACGGCGAGCGUGAAUGUUACUGGCGGAGGAGCGGGGAUUGCAGGCCCCAGGGCUGAGAGAGUGACAAGCAUGCUGAGUACUGCUGGUAGCACUGCAGGCAGCGUCGCUGUAGGAGUGCCCGAAGAUGAGGUUCGUGUCGGGGAGAGUGCUGCGAGUGCAGGUGUGGGUACGGCGGGCACGACCGCGGCGGCCAGCCAGCAGACCCCAGCCUCAGGUGGUCCGGCUACCUGA